AUGGACAAGAUCAAGCAAGUCUUCAGCCACGAGAAAGCCGCCCACGAGACCGGCUCGACGACUGGCACCAACACUGGCGCCUCGAACGUCGGCGCUACCCAGACCCCGACUCAGUCUGCUGCUGGCGACCGCACUUCCGUCGGCAACGACACCUCCGCCGCGUCUCGCACGGCCCGCACCGCCGAGAGCGAGCUUGCUGGCAACCGCACCGCAGAGACGGCGACGACUGGAACCGGCGCGACGUCGACGACCGGCUCGAGGACGACUGGUUCCACUGGCGGCGCUGUCGAGCGUGGAAUGGAGCACGUCCGCGAACACGCUGCUCCCCCUCCCCACAAGCACCACCAGCCCGGCCGCGACCAGGCCCUCGACGAGCGCGAGGCCAAGUCGGCAACUCACGACCACCAGCACCUCGCUCCCGUCACCCACGAGCGCCGUCACCACCACGAGGUUGAGGAGGUCGAGCGCCAGCGCGAGGUUGACCGUCACGUCCACCACGUCCAGCACCAUGUCCAGCCCGUCCUUGACGAGCAGCACAAGGGCGAGACCCGCCAUGAGAAGAACGUCCCCGUCACCGAGAUCAACGAGCGCCAUGUCGCGACUGACGAGGACAAGGCUCAGUUCGCUUCGCUCGGCAAGGAGCGCGACACCUUCCAGGAGGCUCCUCGCGAGAAGACCAUUGUUGACCGCGGCGAGCAGGUUCACGAGAACACCCACCACCACGUCCACCAUGUCGUCCAGCCCGAAAUCGAGCGCGACACCCACGAGCACCACCGCAUCCACACCACCGUCCCCAUCCACGAGAGGGUUGAGGAGGCACCCGUCGUCCACCAGUCGGUGAAGCACGAGGCACUCCCGAUCUCCGAAUUCACCAAGAACGGCGGCGAUCUCAACUCGACCCGCAAGCACGACGCUUCCCUCCUCGACCAGGGCGAGUGCGAGCGUACCGUUGACGGACCCGCAGAGUCCCUCACGCGGUCGCUCGGCCUUUCCUCCGGCAACAACGUCGAGCCCAACCGCGAGACCCGCGUCUGA